GGCCCGAGCAUGUGCAGCUGCGGCAGGCACCUGGCAGGGAGCCGCAGCGCCGGGGAUGUGAACCAGGCGGGGAGGAAGGCCCUUGACUCAUCAGAUAAAUCCAGCCCCGCACGGCGAGCGAAGGCGGAGGAGGCGCGGCGGCGAGCAGGGGAGGAGGAUGGCGGGGGACAGCGAGCAGCGGCUGGAGGAGCAGGGGCAGCCCAGCGGCGGCGAGCCCUUCCUCAUCGGGGUCAGCGGCGGCACGGCCAGCGGCAAGUCUUCAGUAUGUUCCAAGAUCGUCCAGCUGCUGGGCCAGAAUGAGGUGGACUACCGCCAGAAGCAGGUGGUGAUUGUGAGCCAGGACAGCUUCUACCGGGUCCUCACCUCAGAGCAGAAAUCCAAAGCACUCAAAGGCCAGUUCAAUUUUGACCACCCAGAUGCCUUUGACAACGAGCUGAUCGUGAAAACACUCAAAGAGAUCACAGAAGGGAAGACGGUCCAGAUUCCUGUCUAUGACUUUGUCUCCCACUCCAGGAAAGAGGAGACGGUGACCGUGUACCCUGCCGACGUGGUGCUCUUCGAAGGCAUCCUGGCCUUCUACAGCCAGGAGGUGCGGGACCUCUUCCGCAUGAAGCUCUUCGUGGACACGGACGCGGACACCCGGCUGUCCCGCAGAGUGCUACGAGACAUCAGUGAGCGAGGCAGGGACCUCGAGCAGAUCUUAUCUCAGUACAUCACCUUCGUCAAGCCUGCCUUUGAGGAGUUCUGUUUGCCGACCAAGAAGUAUGCUGACGUGAUCAUUCCCAGAGGAGCAGAUAAUGAAGUGGCCAUAAACCUGAUAGUGCAGCACAUCCAGGACAUUCUUAACGGAGGACUCAGCAAACGCCAGAGCAACGGCUACCUGAACGGCUACACUCCUCCGCGCCAGCGGCAGCCCUCAGAGUCCAGCAGCCGGCCUCACUGACCCCGGGCGGAGGCGUGAGGCUGCGGGCCGGGCACCAGGCCCUGCCACUGCCCCUCUGUACAUACUGUCCGUUCGAUCCCCCCUUAUCUAUUUAAGAAACCAGACGGAGACGAAUGCCUUUAAUUUUGUAUGUUCGAAAUGCCGAAUGAGAAGCAGCCGGUUGCUCGGGAGCCCGGACCGCCCACAGCUCCUGGCCUUGCUCAAUAACUCCUCCAGCACGGAACCGGCUAUAAAUCUCUAUAAAUAUAGAAUUGCUCUAUUUUUGUGUAAAUGCAGAAUAA